CGGGUGGAGGCUUCUCUCUCACACUUCCCUUCCUCUUUUCGCAAAGGUAAAGUGCAGUGAGGAGGGGUGGUUUCCAGAGGCGGUUUCCAAGGGCAAUCUGCGGAUUUACACCGUCGUCCCCUGGUGUUGCCACCAAGAUAAAGCAGUUCGGUCUCGUCUUCUUGGCGUUUCCGUUCGACCCUUGUAAAGAUCGAUCUGUUUCGGUUUCUUUCCGCUUUCUUUACCGAGCUCGCUGCGUACUGUAGUCAAGUGGAGAUUGGUCCAAACUGAUGACAUGGUGAGAAAACACAGAACCGAAGGUUCUGCUGGUGAGAGCUCAGAAUCUCAUGAGACAGGUGGCAACAGUGCACGAGCAGAACCCCAGUGGCCAUCAGAUAGGGGUCCUGCUCCACAGCAGCAGGGAGGUGCUGCAGGAAGGGGUUGGGCUCCAUCCAGUCCUCAACAAACCCAGCAAGGUGGUCGUGGUGGCAGGAGAUAUUACCAAAGUCGAGGUGGCCAACCACAACCUCAUGAUGCUCAGCAGCCAGGUGCACCAUCUCAGUAUCAGGGCCGGGGUAGUUCUCAGCCCAGAGGUGGAAUGCCGCCUCAGCAACAGUAUGGUGGACGCCGGGGUGGCCGUGGUGUUUCUGGAGGACGUGGGUCUGGCCCCUCAGCUGCAGGUCUAUCAAGGCCGCCAGCUCCCGAGCUGCACCAAGCAACACAAUCUCCUUAUCAAGCUACCCAAGCAGCUCCAUUGAAGCCCAGUUCAUCACGACAGCCAGAGUUUUCUGCUACUGAGGUUGCAGAACAAUUUCAACAGCUUUCUGUUCACGGGGAAGCUUCCAGUCAAGCAAUCCAGCCUAUGCCAGCAUCUUCAAGCAAGUCAAUGAGAUUUCCAGUGCGCCCUGGUAAAGGUACCUUUGGCAUCAAAUGUGUGGUGAAGGCAAAUCACUUUGUUGCUGAACUACCUGACAAAGACCUUCACCAGUAUGAUGUAUCAAUUAUGCCUGAAGCUACAUCACGUGGUGUCAAUCGUGCUUUGAUGGAACAUCUAGUCAAAUUAUAUAGGGAAGCUUAUCUGGGAGGACGUCUUCCAGUGUAUGAUGGCAGGAAGAGUCUUUAUACAGCUGGCCCAUUGCCAUUCACAUCUAGAGAGUUUCAUAUCAGUCUAGACAAUGAGGAUGAUGGGUCGGGCAUGGAAAGGCGACAUAGGACGUUUCGGGUUGUUAUCAAGUUAGCAGCUCGUGUCAACCUACACCGUCUUGAGAUGUUUCUAGCCGGGAGGCAGGCUGAUGCUCCCCAAGAAGCAUUGCAAGUUCUCGAUAUUGUGCUUGGUGAACUUCCUACUGCAAGAUAUGUGCCAGUUGGUCGGUCCUUUUAUUCACCUGAUAUAGGGACAAGGAAACAACUUGGCGAGGGACUAGAAAGUUGGCCAGGUUUCUAUCAGAGCAUUCGUCCAACACAGAUGGGCCUCUCUCUAAAUAUCGAUAUUUCCUCCACAGCUUUCAUUGAGCCACUACCAGUCAUUGACUUUGUCGCUCAGCUUCUUAAUAGGGAUGUUCAAUCAAGACCACUUUCUGAUGCUGACCGUGUGAAGAUAAAAAAGGCUUUAAGAGGUGUGAAGGUUGAGGUCACUCAUCGUGGCAAUAUGCGCAGAAAAUAUCGCAUAUCUGGUUUAACAUCACAGGCAACCAGGGAGCUCACUUUCCAUGUUGAUGAAAGAGGUACAAUGAAGUCUGUUGUGCGGUAUUUCCAAGAGACUUAUGGUUUUGCCAUCCAACACUUGAGUUUGCCUUGCUUGCAAGUUGGAAAUCAACAGAGGCCAAAUUAUUUACCCAUGGAAGUAUGCAAGAUUGUGGAGGGGCAGAGAUAUUCUAAGAGGUUGAAUGAGAAGCAAAUCACUGCUCUUCUAAAGGUGACAUGCCAACUUCCUCGAGAUCGGGAGCUUGACAUCAUACAGACAGUUCAUCACAAUGCAUACCAUGAAGAUCCUUAUGCUAGAGAAUUCGGGAUCAGGAUCAGUGAGAGACUUGCAUCAGUUGAGGCUCGUGUUCUGCCGGCUCCUUGGCUUAAGUACCACGACACCGGUAGAGAGAAGGAUUGCUUGCCAAGAGUUGGCCAGUGGAACAUGAUGAAUAAGAAACUGGUGAAUGGUGGGAGAGUGAACAACUGGACAUGUAUCAGUUUUGCACGGAAUGUUCAAGAAAAUGUUGCUCGUGGAUUUUGUCGUGAGCUUGCUCAGAUGUGCCAGAUAUCUGGAAUGGAGUUUGCUCUAGAACCUGUACUUCCUCCCUUGAGUGCUAGGCCUGAUCAUGUGGAAAGAGCUUUGAAGGCACUCUAUCAUGACGCAAUGAACAUACUCCAACCUGAGGGCAAAGAACUUGAUUUGCUCAUUGUAAUAUUGCCCGAUAGUAAUGGUUCUCUUUAUGGUGAUUUGAAGCGGAUAUGUGAGACGGAUCUCGGUUUAGUUUCACAGUGUUGUUUGACUAAGCAUGUUUUCAAGAUAAGUAGGCAGUAUCUAGCCAAUGUUGCUCUUAAAAUAAAUGUGAAGGUUGGUGGCAGGAACACGGUUCUUAUGGAUGCCUUGUCAAGGCGUAUACCAUUUGUCAGUGACCAACCUACUAUUAUAUUUGGUGCUGAUGUCACGCAUCCUCAUCCUGGAGAGGAUUCUAGCCCCUCUAUUGCAGCUGUUGUAGCUUCUCAAGAUUGGCCUGAGGUGACAAAAUAUGCAGGAUUAGUAUGUGCUCAGGCCCAUCGACAAGAAUUAAUUCAAGAUCUCUUUAAAGUCUGGCAGGAUCCUCAGCGUGGAACUGUCACCGGUGGCAUGAUCAAAGAGCUUCUUAUUUCCUUUAAGAGAGCUACCGGACAGAAGCCUCAGCGAAUUAUAUUUUACAGGGAUGGAGUGAGUGAGGGACAAUUCUAUCAAGUUCUACUUUAUGAACUUGAUGCAAUCAGAAAAGCAUGUGCCUCUCUAGAACGAAAUUAUCAGCCACCAGUGACUUUUGUGGUCGUUCAAAAACGUCACCACACUAGGCUGUUCGCCAAUAAUCACAAUGAUCAUCGCUCAGUGGAUAAGAGUGGAAACAUUUUACCUGGGACUGUUGUUGAUUCUAUGAUCUGCCACCCUACCGAAUUCGACUUCUACUUGUGCAGCCAUGCUGGCAUCCAAGGCACAAGCCGUCCUGCACAUUACCAUGUCUUGUGGGAUGAGAACAAUUUCACAGCUGAUGCCUUGCAAACUCUGACGAACAACCUCUGUUACACUUAUGCGAGGUGCACGCGCUCUGUAUCUAUCGUGCCACCGGCAUAUUAUGCUCAUCUAGCUGCUUUCCGUGCCCGGUUUUACAUGGAGCCGGAGACAUCUGACAGUGGUUCAAUGACAAUUGGGGCGACUGCUGGACGUGGUGCUUCUGCUAGCGGACUGAGGACUCCAGUUAGCGCAGCCGUGAAACCUCUUCCAGCACUGAAGGAGAACAUCAAGAGGGUCAUGUUUUAUUGUUAAGCCUACAAAACCCCCUCUGACUUGUAUCGCUUCCAACUUCUGUGGUUCCUUUAUGUUGACUUUUCCUUGUUCAUCAUCGCACACGUUCAACUUGGACUUCGUAUCUGCCAUAAUAUAAUCGAGAAAUCCUUCCUUGA